AAAGUUCAAUUAAACUUGAGAACAAUUUAUUUUACUACGUCUGCACUCUGCAGUAGCAGUGCUGCUCAUUCCACUUUUUUGAUAUUCGUAGACAGUCGUAAGACGACAAACUAUAAUAGUUAUCCCUUCUCCGGUGCACUCCCACCUACUAUUUCUGUUGAUUGACUGGUUACUGGUACCAUGUACUAGGUAAUUGAACACCUCAGAGUUACUAUUAACCUGCUGAAAUGUCUUGGCUCAUAGACCUGGCUGGUAAAGCGGAACAUUAUUUGGAUAAAAUCGACCAGAACACAGCAGUAGUGUUACAGCAACAAAAGGAAAAACCUCUGAAAGACGUUUUCAAAGCGCCAGUAACGGAAAAUGUGUUGGUCGAAAUCGAAAAUAAACCCAUUACGUCUGUACCUAGUUCGCCUGCCACAAAGUCAUUACAGAUGAAACCCAAAAGUGAUUCUCGCAUAUCUGAUGAGCACCUACUGCAGUAUUUAAAUAGUCAUGAUUCGACUAUCCAAUCUCAAUAUGAGGGUCAAUCUACUAGUUAUAUCGAUAAUUCAAUUGAUUCCAUAUCCAAACCGUUAACCGAAGAAAAUCAUAUGUUGAAAAAUGAAAUAAGGACAUUGAAUAAUGAAAUGUCAUUAUUACAAUACAAGUUAAAAACGGCAGAUAAAGAUAUUAAUCAAAUAUCAAUGGAACUUGAAGUUAAUAAAAGACAUUCGGCUAAUCUAGAAAAGGAACUGCAAGAAGCUCAUAUACAACUACAAAAUGCUCAAGAUGUAAUGUUCAGGUUGAAGGAAAAAUCUAAAUCCAAAGAUCCAGUAACUCGAGAAAAUAAUUUAGUUUCUGACAAUAAUUUAAUACAUGAAAACCAAAUUUUACAAAACGAAAUAUCAACGCUACUCAAAAGAAUUGAAGUGGACGAAUUAAGGUUAAAUGAAUUAACUUCAGAAAAAUUAAAUCUUGAAAUGGCACUCAAUAAUAUUCAAUUUGAGAAUAAGAACACUGUUAAAAAAGAAAUAUUCAUAAACUUAUCUGAUGAAUGUAAUUCAAUGACUACAUUUACCAAAACAAAUUUAAACAAUGUUGCCCUAAAAUUAAAAGAAUGUUUGAAUGAUCUAGAAAUUGUUAAUAUACAAGCAACCACCGACCAAGGGGCUUUAAACACUUCAGAAUUAGAACGAUCAGACAUAUUAACCAAAUUAAAUGUCAUGAAGAGUAAUUUACUCUCUAUUGAUUGUGGUUUACAGAAGUCACUGCACGAUCUUAGUGGUUUUAAAGAACGGCUUACAAAUAUUGAUUUAAAAUCGUUUGCAGAUGAUAGUUGUAAUAGUCAAGCAGAUAUUAUGAAUUGUCAGGGAGUAAUGAAUGAGCAAAUGUUAUCACUUAAAAAGGCUGUGGCAUGUAAGCAAGCUGAGCUAGAACAAGUGUUAUCUGAAAAAAAUUCAAUGGCAAUAAGAAUUGAGAGUUUGGAGACAAGAUUAAAAAAAGAAACAAAUGUAAUAAUCAAUGUUAAUGAUACAGAUGAUGCUAAAGCCAAAGUACCUCAUUUCAUGAUAGAAAAAGCAUUUGAUACUAGUGUAGCAAGAGGAGUUAAGCGUGCUUAUUCCAGCCUAGAUUCAUUUGGUUUAAGAACAGGAAUGUAUUUACGACGAUACCCACUAUUAAGAACUAUAUUAUUUGUUUAUGUGGUGGUACUUCAUUUGUGGGUGAUGUUGAUACUAUUCUCUUAUACUCCAGAGACCAAUUAAUAUUCCACUUAUACUUUAUUUUUUCUGCAAACAUCUGUGUAUUCAAACACUCAACUACCUAAUCAAACACUCACUUUAUAUUAUUAUUUAAAUGUAAUCAUAUUAAUUAUUAUGUUGUUGCUGUUUUAUUUUUAUUUUUUGAAUAUCAUUUAUUUAGAAUUAUAUGUCGAGGAACAGUUUUCAUUAA